UUCCGGUGGCGCUUUGAUAUUUUUCAGAAGUGUUUAAAAUUGAGUUGCAUUGAAUGUAGUUUUUUAAACAAAACGGUUAAACGAUAUUGUUUAUAAAAAAUGAAACGACCGAUUGAAGCAGUUAUCGAUGAUGUAAUUAUAAACCCAUCCAAGGUUCAACCGAUCAUUGUGAAUUUUCAGAAUGGUGAGCUUAAGGAUGAAGAAGCCAGUAAAAUGUCAUGCGGUCUAUUUUAUGACCCAAAGAAACAGAAAACGUUAUUGGCUUUAUCAAAUGGGCAAAUUGUUUAUAGAGGUUAUAAACCCGACACGAGCCAAGACUUGAUGCGUACUAUGCUUGUACUUCACAACAAAAAAACCGGAAAAGUUAGAUUGGUUCAAGUUGAACGCUGGCAAGUAAAUGCAGUGUUAGAAAAGCCAGCAACGGAGGAAAAUAAAAGUGCAGAAAGUGAUAAGAUUGUUAUGUUGAACAGACAGUUCGGAUCAAAGAAAGCGAAACGGAAAAUAGAACAGUAUGAAAGAAUGAAAAUAAAUGUAGACACUGUUAAAGAACAACUUGAAGAAACUGUGUCAAAUGUUGAAGUUGAUAAAGCAGAUUUAUCUGUGGACUUAGCAGAAAAUGAUGACAUUAUAAACACAGCCUUACCACCCUGUAACAGAGAUGCAACUAAUGUAACAGAUGUGUACGAUGUGCAUGAUAUUAUACCAGAAGACAAAUUAGAAACUUUGUAUGCUAAAGCUAAAGAAAUUUUGAAUGAUAAUGACAAUGAUUUUGAUGGAAAGACGAAGUUCUUUGUUCAGAUACUGAGGCAGUUACAAUAUGAUCCAGAUAACGUUAAGAAAACUGCAUUAUUGCUCUAUGUGCAAGCAGUUAUGACCUGGCUAAAUUUGCCAAUAAGAGAUACUAAAAAACGUAAUAUUGUUGUUUGCCCAUCUUCCUCAGUUGUUAACACUCAUAUAAUAGAUACAUAUAGUAUUCAAAGUAAUAGUGGACGGCAGAGGCCAAACAGUGCAAAAGAUAAAGGAGUGAUACAUUGCAUGAUUUUGGCAUUGAUAAUUUGCAAUUUUGUAUUAGAUAUAGAAUUGUACUCAAAAAUAUUUAGCUAUCGUGUUGGACAAAAGAAGUUAAUGCACCUUGCCAGAAUUAUUGGUGCUUUACCUAACAAAGAGGACAAGAGACUUGUUACAUUGAAGGUUCCAUUACCUGCACCAGUGUCUACUGUAAAUAAGACGAAGAAGAAGAAAUAAUUGUCAGAGCAGUACAAUUUUUAAUAUGCCGUUAUUUUAUAACUAAUAAUAUAUACUUAAGCAAUUCAGUACUUUCUAAGAUUGAAGAUUAUGAAUUUAUAACAUGAAAUAAGAUAUAUUUCUAAAUAAAUACUAUUUUUAUAA